UUGCGGAUCCUGUCCGGUGCACAUCUCUCUGGGGUGUCGGGAAAACUUUUAUUUUUUUAGGCACAACAAACUGUAGUAGAAGGAAAACUUAAGAGACAGUUGCUGGCAUAGUUGUGGGCCGGUACAUAAUGGGAGCUGCCACAACGUCAAUACUGUGUGGCAUAUUGGCUUUAGGAUGGUAGAAGUAUUUCAUCACUGACACCCUCCUUAUGGGAUUAAUUGUUUCUCAAUAUACCAGUAUGCUAAAGGGCAUCCAUGUGGUAUAAGAGCUAACCCUUGUCUAUUUGUAAUUAUUACUGCCUUAGUAGAGGAUAUAUUUUUGGUAAUGUUUGUAAAAGCACAACUUUGUCGGUUUUGCACUGCUGCUCUACACAGUGUCUAUUACAGUGCUUAAAAGGAUAGCCAUAUAUUUCUUUACUACUGGAACUAGCUGUCGCUAUGGAGAAGGGAAAGAAGAGCGGCCUGCGCAAACUGAGCUGGUUAUUCUCUAAAACUCGUUCUGGGGAUGUAUAUAAUGAGGUUACUAUGGACACAUCGCAUGAUAGCAGGAGUCGCUCAGUGGAUGAUCUGGAAGAGGUGAUAGAGAUACCCUCAAACGAGCUUUGUUCCCCUAAAGAUUUAGAGGAACCAUCCUCACCAGCAGAAACCAAGAAAAAAUCAUUUGGGAGCUGGAAACUGAAGAAGAGCAAGAGAAAAACUUGGAACCAUAUAUCUACAUCUCCACCUUCUUCUCCAGGCCUUUCUGAGAAAAGCAACAGGUCCUAUGAAAGCCAAGAUAGUGAAGAAGUCCAGUCCUCUUCAAUGGCUUCAUCCUCUCAAGAAGGGACUGAGGGGACUUCAUUUUGCCAGAGGGAGCUACCUCUGCCUUUAGAAGAAAAUGUAGAACACCUGCAAGGAUCUGUGACACAAACCCAUGAGUCUAGGGCACAGCCAACCGAGUCUCCUAAGAAAGACGGCACUAAAAAACCUGUUCUUGGAAAGAUUGGAAAUCUCUUCAAUUCCAACAGAAAGAGGCAAGGCAAAUCCAUUCCAGACUCUCCCACAAGCCCUACUAAUGAAAAGACUGGAACUACUACCAGGACCACAGAACGUAAAAGAGCUUCAGGGACUGUCGGAACGAAAGCCCCGAAUCAAGAAAACACAACCUCCCCUACAGAAGCUGUAUUAGGUAAUAUUUCACGGCAGCUUUUCCAGGAGGGAGACAGUCCAAGUGUUAGUCCGAGUGGGAAUCCGAUUACUAACGGUAACUUUGACAAUGGAUUGUCUAAUCUGCAGCAGAUUAGUGAAAAUAACCCACCUGGAGUAGAAAGUAAGGCGAGUGUCUCAUCAACUGAAAGCCCUGUUAAUGCAUCUUUAGACAAAAAUAAAAGCCAUUCAGCUAGACCUGAAAAGCAAAGUAGCGCUGAAAGGAGUGGAAGAACUUUCUCUAAUCUUGCUGUCAGGCGACAGUCUUCUUCUGACAGUGAAUCAACUAAAAACAGCUGUAGAAAGCACCAAAGUUUUUUACAGGAAAGCAGUGUUAAUAAAGAAGAGUCACCUAGAGCACAACCAAAGAAAAAUACCAAAUUAUCCAGCAAAGCAACAGACUCAAAACCAGAGAAACCGGUUCCAGCAGUGGAUAGUGUAGAAGCGCCUCAAACUGCAAAGUUGUCUGUGGGCACUGCCUUAAAGAAUAAUAUAAAAGAUGGGGAGAGACUGCAGCCACAAGAGGCAUCAGAUGACAGUAACCGUUUAAACAAGACAGUAAAUGUUGUUUCUGCUGCACCCCAUCAAGCUUCAUCAGAUCAGGAAUAUUACCCCAUAUCUCAGACUGAGAAUCUGAAUGGUCAAAAAUUGGAUGAGAGCAAGUGUGGCGCAAAAGUAUUAGCUUUUGAUAUUUAUCUGGCAAAAGUAACUGAAACAAACUCUCCAACACAACCAGAGAACUGUAGUAACGGAGAGACAAUGGAAAAAAGCCCAAACAAUAGAAAAACAAGCAGAAAGAGAAGGUCUCUAAAGAGUCAGAGUAGUCAGAAUGGUGAGAAAAAGACUGAAAACACCAUGCUAGAUGAACAGAACACCGACCUUACUUUUAAUUUUGAAGCAGUGACAGAAGAUGUGAUAAUAUCUGAGAGUAAAGGUAAACCUGUUCCUCUGUCACCUGAUACCAAUGAACCUUUAUCAGCCAACCAAGAUGUCAGGGCAGGGGCUAAUCACAAAUUAUCACCCAAGGGUGAAUCAGACAAAUGUAAACAGCAACACCCAGCCUCCAGUCCUAUGAGAAAAAAAAAAGAAAAGGAAAAUCAGUCUGGCUCCAUUCCUGCUUCUCCAACUGCUCGCAAAGCUCACGGUUCCCUUUUUAAAAGUCAGCCAGGGACACCUGCCAAAGCGACUGAAGGUAACUAUUCUGUUCUUGUUUCCACAACAAAAGCCGCCUACGUGGAAAAAGCAUCUGUGCCUGGAUCCUCUGCUGGAAGUAGUGGGGAAGAUUGUAUGACUGUGUCAUGUGAGAAUGCUGGGGCGUUUACAUCACAGACUGCAGGUGCUCUGUCUGAAGACAGAAGGACACUGAGUGAUAAUACUGAUGGGGAACAGACUCCCCUUCCACUGGACGGCUCAACUCCGCCAUCAUCUGAAUUCAACAAUAUAAACCUCACAACCUCCUUAUCCUCUCCAGACAUCUCAAAACCCACCAUAACCACAAAGCUUAAUAUUGCUCCUAAACCAAAGAAUGUGGAAUUGCCUAUUAAAUCUAAGCUUUCCAGCAGCGCCGAAAAUUUAAAAGAACCUACAAAUGGACAAGCCAUUUAUAAAGGAAACACGGCUACCAAGAUUUGUUUGUUUGAGAACAAAAAAACAAGCCAAAAGCAAAUAGAUUUUUAUGCAACAAAGAGCAUCUCUCAGCCAAAGAAAUAUGUUGAAAGAGCCAAACUAAACUUUGGUAAAACUCCCAAGGGAAAAGAUACCCUUUUGGCUGGCAAACAGGUUACAGAAUUGAAAAGUCCUGAUGCUAAGAAGAUAGAGAACAUUCUAACAGAAAUAAAGGCCAAAAAAGAAGCAGUUCGACCAGAUUAUGGCAAUAAUAAGUUAGAACAUAAAGGUAACACUGAAAACAAUUUGCUGGAGCAAAUGUUGAUGGAUGAUAGCAAAAAGGACCUAGAUACAUCCAAAUUCUCAGAUGCAUCUGAAGCAGAAAGUGAUGGGAAACUAAGACAUAUUUCAGAUAGUAGUUUGGUCUCUGUAAAUGAAGAUACUUUAGAUUGCUCUGUUCAUUUUAAUGAGGCUACAGCUCAGCUGCCUACCAAAGCAAAUUUAGGUUCAAGCCAUUUGGAUUCUGGUCUAGAAGAAAAGUAUAAAACCGGUAUGGGAAAUUCCAAUACAAACAUUACAGCUCAAACAAAUUUAGAGGAAACAGAACAAAAAAGCAGCUCUUUCUUGGAAAAAUAUAGCACUCCCUUAUUAGAAAAUGUAAACUUUCCAGCUUCCCAGACAGAGAAAGUUCAAAUCAAUGACAACAAAGAAGGGAAAGAUGUUUCAAAAAAACUACCACCAGCGGACUCUGUUAAGGUUAAUACAAAGUCCAAGACACACUUGUCUGAAAACAGGAAGAAAGCUGAGGAAAUUAAAACUGUAAGUGUUAACAGUCAAAAUAAUGCACCGAUUUGUACAGAACAAAAUAAUUUAGAGAAACAUAAUGAGCUUGUUAAGAAAAAUGACCUUGUCAAUCAAACAAACCAGUUAAUAUUUGUCUCCAGUGACUCUAAAUUACAACCUUCCAUUAAUGAUGUACAGGUUUCUCACCCGGAAAGCAAGAGUUUAUUGAAUACUGAAUUAUUAGACAUAACUUCACAUAAGCAGGUAGAGAAGCAAACUGAAAACUCUUUGCUUGGUGAAGACAUAGUUGCUGACGCCCUGUGCCAAACACAGGAAGAAAAUCAGAAUUCAUCAGAACUGAGUGAAACUAAUAAUGAAAUUCUGCAGACAAACACAACUGGUAUGCCACAGGAUAAAAAUCUAAAUACAGAUUUACAGAAAGAGGCCAAUAUUCCUGAAUUCCAAACUGGAACAGAUUGGAAGAAUUAUGAAGCUGACUUAUCUGCUAAAGGUGACAAUGUCAGCCAAACAGGUUGUACUACAGGCACACCACAUAAACCACAGGAACAAAAUGUUAGUACAGACUUAGAGAAAGAAGUCUCUGUUUUACACACAGAAACAGCCAAGGCCUUCUAUGAAGACAACUCUGCUAUUGAAAUUAUCAGCCAAACAAUUUGCGAACCACAUAUGACACAUACAGUGCAGGAGGGGACAGUAAGUAUUGUUUCACAUGAGGAAAGCCCAAUGUCUGUUGUUCACCCACAAUCAACUGAGAAUAUCCAUGAAGAUAAGUCUGUCACUGGUAAUAAUGAUGGGCAUAUAAAUAACAUAUCAGACACAUCACAUACACAACAUGAGGAAAAUCAAUGUGCAGUUUUGCAGAAAGAGACUAAUGGUCAGAUUUUAGACCCAGAAAUACCUGAGAAGGUGUGUGAAGAUGACAUGAGUGUCCUUGGUGAUAAUGCCAGCCAAAUAAAUUCUACAACAGGCACUGCACGUGCAACACAGGUGGAAAAUCUAAGCACAGUUUCACAGAAGGAAACAAAACUUCCUGUUUUGCAUCCAGUCCCAACUGAGGAAGUUCAUGAAAAUGUAUCUCACAAGUCAACUAUGGCUAAUAAUGACGAAUAUAACACCGAUACACAGGAAACACCUCAUACACCACAGGAAGUAAAACAGAAUAUAGUUUUACCGAAAGAAAAUAAUGUUGUUAAUUUGUACCCUGAAACAGCUAUGGAAAUAAUGCCUAAAUUUGUCAAGAAUGAAGGUGAUUUAUUAGUGCAAAGUGGUCUAGAUUUCAGGAAGCAACAGAAAGAUACAACCCAUGGAGUGACAGUGCUUUCCAUAAAAGAUGAUGUUGCCUAUGAGCAUAAUGCUUUUGCGAAUGUUAGUCAGUUGUCAGAAAAUGUUGCUAACACUGAAGUUGCAAAAAAACAUUCUGUAGAUUCUGCAAACUCUGAGAAAGUAGAAGUCAUUAAAGAACUGCAUCCAGCCAACGAAAUUGACAAAAAAAUGUCUGAGAAAGCAGUGGAUCCUUCUGUUCCCAUCUCCUAUCAAAAUGGCUGUGUGGGUGGAACAGAAUCUCUUAGUAAUGUCGCUCUGCAAUGUGCAACGGGUACUGAAGAACAAUUUAAAACGUUCCAAAUAAGUCCAGAAAGAAGUGACGAUGGCAUCUUAGAUUCAUCUUCAGAUAUGGAACAGUUUGCAGAAACAAUUAGAAAGCUGGAGAGUCCAAUAACUAUGCCUCAAAAAAGAAAAAAAACUAGAGCUCCAAAGUCUCCAAGCCCAUACUAUGGUUUGCCCCCCAUCCAUGAGGACUUUUUAGAGAAGAUACUGGAUUCUGAAACCUUCUCAUUUGGCUUAGGAAGAAAAGAGAAGAACAUUGCACCGCUGUCCCUGUUUAAACUGCAAAGCAAAGAGACUGCUGAAAUAUUAAGACCAAAGCGGGCAUCUACUGAGCAAAGCUUGCUUUUGAAAUCUCUGAAACCAACUAGAGAAACUGUUUUAAAACCACAGGAAACAUGUGACAAGGAAAAUGCAGAUGUUACAGACUUUGCAGUCAAACGAUCUCGCAUAGAAUCAAUGUACACUGGGUCAAAAGCAAGUGUUUCCAGAUCAGAAGAAAAUAUAUUUUCCCCUACCGUGACCACAGUCAGCAGUAUUACUACCUCAUUUGCAACAGAUAACAAAGAUUGUGCUUCUAUGGAGAAUAGCACUGAUUUCAGAACUACAGACUCUUUAAAUACUUCUCAAGCAUCUGAAAAAGGAAGUAAAUGGAACAGUGAAAUAAGUGAAUCUUUAGGGUUGGAAAGUGAAGAUAAACUGCAUGGUGGUUUUUUGCCGUUAUCAUUCCCAGACAUCAUGGAAAAUAAUUUGCAAACCAGCGCUGCUUUACAACUUUCUCAUCAUUCAGAAGUACAGCUGCCUGCAGCUAUAAAUCCUUCUUCAUCCAUUGAGAAUGUAUUUCCUAAAACCCUUCUUGAAAACACUGAUUCUUUGAACAGUGAUAGUUCUGCCAAAAACAUAUCCGAUGUGUUUUAUUUUAAGGGCGUGGCUCCUGACCCUGUCUUCCCUAAUACUGGCUCACUGGCUUUUUCUGGAAAAGGUGUGGAGAAAAUUAACCCUAGACCAGGAAAGAUAGUGAUAUUUAGUGAACCAAACUGUGAAGGUACAAUUUUUGAAAUCUUCUCAGAUGUUGCAGAUUGUUCCUCCUGGGAGCUGUCACCUACCAUUGGUAUCAAGACCAUAAGAGGAUGCUGGAUACUAUAUGAGCAACCAAAUUUUGAAGGGCGAUCCAUUGCUUUGGAAGAGGGUGAUUUAGAACUUUCUAACCCAUGGGGAGAAGAAGAUUCUGAGGCAGAGGAAAACCUUACACCCACUGUAAUUGGAUCACUAAGACUUGUAGUCAAGGACUACAGAGUUUGUCAGAUUGAUCUGUUUACAGAGCCAGAUGGUUUAGGAAGCAUGACAUCUUAUAUGGAUGAUGCUGAAGAACUACAGGUUUAUGGGAGAUUACAGAGGACUUGUUCCAUUAAAGUGCACUGGGGAGUGUGGUUGGUUUAUGAAGAACCUGGUUUUCAGGGCAUACCCUUUAUCAUAGAACCUGGAGAGUAUCCUAAUCUAUCAUUUUGGAAUACGAUGGAAGCCUACAUAGGAUCACUAAGACCUUUAAAAAUGGGAUGCCGCAAAGUUGAAAUCCCAUAUGAACCAAAGAUUAUUAUUUAUGAAAAGCCUCUGUUUGAAGGAAGGCAAAUUGAGCUUGAGAAAGAAGUACUGAAACUAACUGAUCUAGAGAAUGUAGAAGGCGAUGAAGAGCAAGAAGUAGCACCAUUUACUACUGCUGGGUCACUGAAAGUGAUCAGUGGCUUGUGGGUUGGUUAUGAGAAGCCAGGAUUUGAAGGCCAUCAGUAUUUGUUUGAAGAAGGUGAUUAUGAAGAGUGGAGUCAGUGGGGUGGCUUUGAUGGACUUCUACAGUCAUUACGGCCAAUAUUAUCAGACUUUUCAACUCCUCAUAUGACAAUGUACAGUGAGAAGGACUUUGAUGAAAAAGCACCUAAUAUCAAUGUUUUGGGAAUUAUUUCAAACAUGGAUGAGACAGGAUUUGGAGUAAACACACAGUCCAUUCAUGUUCGGAGUGGAGUAUGGGUAGCAUAUGAAACCCCUGAUUUUACAGGGGAGCAGUACAUACUGGAGAAAGGAAUGUACUCUCACUUUGGUGCUUGGGGUGCCAAGGAUUUCAGGAUAUCUUCUGUCCAGCCAAUUGUAAUGGAUGCAGUUGAAAACUCAAGAGGUGGGUUUAAGGUUCAGCUGUUUUCAGAGCCAGACUUUAAAGGCAGCACUCAUAUAUUCGAGGGAGAUGUAAAUAGUAUUGAGGAUUUGUUCACAACAAAAUCUUGCAAGGUUUUUUCAGGCCGAUGGGCUGCAUAUGACAAGGUAGAAUUUUCAGGAAAUCUCUGGGUAUUAGAGGAAGGCAGCUAUCCUAGUUUAUGUGCAAUGGGAUGUCAGCAGGAUACAGCUAUACUCUCUUUACAGAUGAUAAACUAUGAGUUUUCAGAACCAAGCAUAUUCCUUUAUGGAAAACAAAAUUUCCAAGGAAGAAAAGUAAAACUUAGCACAGAAACAACAAAUCUUCAGGCCAUGGGGUACUCACCAGAUUUGCUGUCUGCUGAAGUACUCGGAGGCAUAUGGGUUCUUUAUGAAUAUAGCAACUACAGAGGUCGUCAGAUAAUUCUUUCACCAAGCAAGAUUGCAGAUUGGCGUACCUUUAGUAAAUGGAAUAUGAUAGGAUCUUUACGCCCACUUCAACAGAAACGCAUUUACUUCAAGCUCCGAAAUAAAGAUAAUGGAAUGUUUCUCUCUACAAAUGGAAAUUUAACUGACAUAAAGCUCUUGAGGAUACAGGUUAUGGAAGACACAGGAGCUGAAGAUCAGAUCUGGGCUUAUCAGGAUGGAAUAAUUCGUUGUCGGAUUGCUGAAGACUGCACCUUUGCGACAGCCGGCAGCCUGAUAAGCGCAGGCAACAAACUUGGUCUCACUUUGGAACAGGCAGGAGCGAGCAUGCACUGGAAUAUCAGCUCUGAUGGCAGGAUAUACCACCGCUCCAAGCCAAACCUUGUAUUAGAUAUCAAAGGAGGAAGUCAGUAUGACCAGCAGCACAUUAUAUUGAAUCCUUUCACAGAGGGUAAACUGACACAGUUGUGGGAAGUGUGCGUUCUGUAAGGAGAGUCACUGUGGAUCUGAGGAACAAGCAAGACUGCUUUUGGUCUGACCUGCACUGUAUGUAUGCACUGCUGCUAAGAGAAGAAACUCCAACAGAUUCCUCAACAAACCAAUGCCUGUGGAAAUCUGCAAGUCAACCCUGACCAGCCCAGUGCCAUAAUGGACCUUUUCAUUAAGGAUGUUACUUUAUAUAUUGUUUCAAACUGUAGGUGAUCUUUCCUAUAAGUUGAAUUUGGACUGAUCUCCCCUGAACAUGGCAACAAUUAAAUUCAUCGAAUCAUGUGCCAGGAGUGAACAGGACUGCCUUAUCAUACCAGUUUUCCUGCAGCUGUAAAUAUAUUUUUGUCAGAUAUGCAAAAAAAGAAAUGCACAUUUUAUUUUGGCACAGACACUGCUUACAAUCCUGAAACAAAAAUGUAAUUUUACAAAUACACCACCAUUUUGUACCAACUUGAUUUGCAAUCAAAACUUGUUUACCAUGUGGGAUUCUGCAACUUUGGUGUUUGAAGCCCCUUAAAUUAAGGGAUAUGUCAAAACCUAGAGAGUGUUUCACCCACAGGCCUGUCCCUUUGCUGGGAUGUUCAGAUGUCAGAUUUCUGUUGGGUUGUAUUAUAUCAGAAUAUGUAUGCAACAUAGGGCUACAAUAAUUUCCCUUUAAAGACACUAAAAUGAUUGCAACACUAUGGAGAUUUAAGCCAUCCAUGGUGCAUUCUUUUUAAUAUCUUCUUUUAUGAUGUUAUUGUGACCUAUGGCUACUACUCUUUAUUGGGUCUCCUAGUCAAGGGGGUGUAAAGAAAUGUAACUAAGCAAAACACAAAUAACAUGUUAGUUGAAACAAAGUCCAUGACCAUUGGAUCACAAGCCCCUAAAACUUGCAAUUUCCUUUUUGCUUUUUCCUUGCCCAGCCAUGUCCCUUAAUAUUUACAUUUUGGAAUGUUGGCCACUGUACUAAAAUAUUGGCAUGGGUGCCAUUACGGCCUCUACACCCCCUGUAGUUUUGACAGUGCAUAAAACUAAAAGGACCCUCUGGACCAUAAAAAAGGGGCCUAAGACCCUCCAAAAACCUAUGAAUCCUUUCCUAGAGCAUUCCACAUCAUCAGUUAAGUGAAAGUAAUGUUUAUUAGGAAUCAACGCUUUGCACCGUUUGUAGUGAAGUGCAUUAUUUUAUCACAGAGGUAAUGGAUUCACAGAUAUGAAUUCCUGUCUGCAUCUUAAAAGGUUUAGCUCACUGUGUACACAGCACAUUCCUUCUUUGCCUAGACACUUGUACUAAUGAGUGGAAGUAUAUCCUGUAAGGGAACCUCAAUAGGGUUUUAAAUAGGGUUUUCUCAUCCUAUAAAUACCAGCACUCAGUGAAUAAAUCCUCUGUGCACUUAAUGCCUCUCCUCGUUCAAGUACAAGAAAAUAAAACCACUACUUUGAAACAGGGCACUGCCACACCAACUUUAACUUUUCAAAUCUGCUGACAAAUAUAUUUUUAUAACCAGUGCCAUUAUAUUUGAUAUUGUUCCUAACUACAUGGUUAUUUUUGAUAAUGGGAACUUCGCAACAACCAAUCGCUUCUGAAGCAGCUAUACAUGUUGAGUGUGAUUAAUACCAAUUUAUUGAGAAAUCUUCUAUCAAGAUUGGCAGCAAGUGUCCAUGUGGGUUACUUGCCUGAAAUAAAUUAUAUCAGUGUGCCGUUGUGUUGGAGACAAAAAGAAGGGUUGGUGAAAGAGUGAUCUGAUUUGCUCUGAAGCCUGACUUAGAUCCUACCCCCAGCUAAUAACUAACAUGUAGAUGAGCUGCAUUUUCUUUUAACUCUCUCUUGGCAUCAGAUUUUAUUGCAUGGGGGGGGUUAAAUGUACAAGUACAAGCAUAAUUACAGAGGUGCACAGGCUGCCUGGAUGGAAUGUACAGUGUGUGUCACUUCUGGUACACAUAGGGCUCUAUGUUCACACUGAGGAGGGCCAUUUCUGGCUUGUAGCAGUCAAACCAGUUUUAUAACACUAGCUUUACAUGGUCGGGUUGAUAUAGAAUAUUAUAUCAAUCCGACCAUGUUAAGCUAGUGUUAUAAGACUGGUUGGACUGCUGUCAAAAUCAUCACACUAGCUGCAAAGUCUGUAGGUAGACCAAAGAUAUAGUUAAGAUAUAAGGUGUAUACUGUGCUUAUAUACUGUAUAAGAUAUAGCAACAAGGUAACAGUGGCAAUGGCCACUGUCAGUGGAACUGCACCAUAAUGCUAACGUGAAAUAAACACUGGAAGUUUACUACUUUAUUAUAGUCAUUUGUUACAGAUUUGGUUAAAAAAAUUUUUUUGUGUUUAUCCUUGUGUCUAUGAAACUUGUGGAUAUUUUUCUAUACACUCAACAGUUUUAAAACCUGCUUUUUGAAAAUAAACAUCUGUAAGAUAA